AGAAUCACUUGGGGGAAGUCGCCCAACACUGCAGACCCCUUGUCUUCUUCCCCCGUUCUCCCCCUUUAAAAUCCCAUUGGCUUCUCCCCCCCAACUUCACUCCACCACUCUUAUUAGGUCUCCAGUACUACUCGUGUCUCACACACACACUCACUCUGCAAGAAAAAUGCCGUCUGCUGCCACUCUCCUCCGCUUCUCUGCCACAGCUAUUCCCUGCCACCAGAGGAGAUCUCUCCCUCUUACAGAUCUCCACCUGCCUUUCUCCGAUGUUUGGUCUAUUUCGGGAAGAGAGAAACGAACAAACUUCAAUCUUUUGCUUGGUUCGAGAAUUGAUAUCAUAUCCAAAACUCGCAGUCAAGUCUAUAGGGACGUUUAUCGAAGUGGCCAGACAGGAAUAGAGAGACAAGAGACUUUCAUAGAUGAUAAAGAAGCAGCUUCGAUGGUUUACUUUGCAAAUGAGAAAGAGGAGAAAAUCCAGUCCAUUAAAAUGAUGUUAAGAUCGAUGGAGGAUGGUGAGAUUAGCAUAUCAGCUUAUGAUACCGCUUGGGUUGCACUGGUGAAAGAUAUUAAUGGAAGUGGUGUUCCUCAAUUCCCUUCUAGCCUUCAAUGGAUUGUGGAGAAUCAACUCCCUGAUGGAUCUUGGGGUGAUCGUUUUAUAUUCUCUGCUCAUGAUCGGAUUCUUAACACUUUAGCAUGUAUUAUUGCGUUGAAAUCGUGGAACAUUUAUCCAGAACUACGUGAAAAGGGCUUGGUAUUUAUUAGAGAGAAUAUGUCCAAGCUUGAAAGUGAAAAUGAGGAGCACAUGCCCAUAGGUUUUGAAAUUGCGUUCCCUUCCCUUAUGGAAAUUGCUGAGAGGCAAGAUUUGCAAGUUCCAACAGAUAUUCCAGUCAUAAAUGAGAUAUAUGCCAAAAGAAAUCUAAAACUCACAAGGAUACCCAAGGACAUGAUGCAUGUAGUGCCCACAACGCUCCUCCAUAGCUUGGAAGGAAUGGAUGGUUUGGAUUGGGAUAAGCUUCUACAGCUACAGUGUGAAGAUGGGUCAUUCUUGUUUUCUCCAUCAUCCACUGCCUUCGCACUUAUGGAAACGAAAGAUGAAAGAUGCUUAAAAUAUCUCAAGAAAGCUGUCCAAACAUUCAAUGGUGGAGUCCCUAAUGUUUAUCCGGUGGACUUGUUCGAGCAUAUUUGGACUGUGGAUCGCUUGGAACGCCUUGGAAUUUCUAGAUACUUCAAAUCAGAAAUUAAAGAAUGCCUCAAUUAUGUCUUUAGAUAUUGGAGCGAGGAUGGGAUCUGUUGGGCUAGAAAUUCAAGAGUCCAUGACAUUGACGAUACGGCCAUGGGAUUCAGACUUUUGAGGUUACAUGGACAUGAGGUUUCACCAGAUGCAUUUCGGCAUUUUGAGAAGGGGGGAGAGUUCUUCUGCUUUGCAGGGCAAUCGAACCAGGCCAUUACUGGAAUAUUUAACCUCUAUAGAGCCUCUCAAGUGUUGUUCCCAGGGGAGAGCAUCCUAGAAGAAGCCAAGGCGUUUGCUUCCAAAUUCUUGAGAGAGAAACAAGCAACCAAUCAGCUUCUAGAUAAAUGGAUAAUCACUAAAGAUUUGCCUGGCGAGGUGGAUUACGCCCUUGACUUUCCAUGGUACGCAAGCCUACCCCGGAUAGAGGCCAGAUUCUACAUCGAACAAUAUGGUGGAGACAACGAUGUAUGGAUCGGGAAGACACUGUACAGGAUGCCUUACGUUAACAACAACGAGUAUCUGGAGCUAGCCGAGGCGGACUUCAACAACUGCCAAGCAUUACAUCAGCUGGAGUGGACUGCUAUUCAGAAGUGGUAUAAAGAAUGCAAUCUUGGUGAGUUCGGGGUGGGGAGAAAACAGCUCCUCCAAGCCUAUUUUGUGGCAACGGCCAGCAUAUUCGAGCCUGAGAGGGCGAACGAGCGGCUGGCUUGGGCGAGGACAGCUCUACUUGUGGACGCAGUGAAAUCUUACAUGGAGAUGGAUACCAUCACUGUGGAUAAAAGGAAAGAAUUUGUCAGUAAUUUUAACUACACCAUCCGUAGUUGCAGCACCACCAAUUUCGAUGGUACUGUAGAAAUUCCUGGAAGCACGGAAUGGAAGACGACAGGAAAGAAACUCAUGGAAGCACUCGUCACAACCCUAAAUAGUACUGCAGUGGAGACCCUAAUGAUACAACGUCUAGACGUACGUCACCCGUUGCUUUGCGCCUGGAACACCUGGUUACUGACGUGGUGCCUUGAUAAAGUAGUAGAAAAGAAGCAACAUGGAACUGAGUCAACUGGUGAAGGAGAGCUCGUAGUGUUCACUAUAAACCUUUGUGCCGGACGUUCCAUCUCGGAAGAAUACUCGUUCCAACCCCAUUACCAGCGUCUCCUCUAUCUCACCAAUUCAAUCUGUCUCCACCUUCGUCUGCUUCUUAAUUCCCAGGGCCAUAGGAAGAAGGAUAGCACAGGUACCGGUCAAAUAGAUCCCCUUAUGCAAGAGCUGGUUCAACUAGUUCUCCGGAACUCCGACGGCAUAGAUCCUGACUUCAAGAGAACUUUCCUCACCGUUGCUAAGAGCUUCUAUUAUGUUGCCCAUUGCACCCCUGCCACCAUCAACUACCAUAUUAACAAAGUUCUCUUCCAGACUCUGCCUUGACUCUGUUUUCUUUAUAUUUAAUUUCCCUUUAUUUUACUUUAUACCUUUUUUAUUUUGUUUUACAAAUAGUUGCAC